UGUAAAGCAUUAAUGCCAUGUGACUCUCUCCACUCAUGCAUAUAUAUAAAACUCCAUUAAACUAUAAUUUCUCUCCAUAAACAUACAUAUAUAUUCCUCCUCUUUUCCUUCUCUAAGUACUACUUACUAUAGACUAUAGUCAUGAAGCUCAAGUCUCUUCUAUCCAUCUUCACACCCAUACAACUCCUCCAAGCCUCCUUCUUCACUCUCUUAACACUCAGCCUAACACUCCAUGCAGUCCUCUCCUUCACACCUACUCUCCUUAACCCACACCUCCUCCUUCUCUCCCAACACAAAGCUCUCCUCUUUUCCUUUCUAUACUGCAUCAUUCUCACCCUCCUUGCCUAUCUAUGCACUCGCCCACGCCCAGUCUACCUCCUCAACUACUCCUGUUUCAAACCUGACCAUGACCGCAAGUGCAGCUACGAAGUCUGCGAAUACUUCGUUCGCCGGAGCAAACGUUUCUCCGAAGUUAGCGAGAACUUCAUGCGUGGCAUUUACCUCAAGUCCGGCCUUGGCAACGAGGCUUACGCACCACCAUUCAUCUUCCAAACUGACUACGAAGCUAGGCUUCGUUCCGCUGUUCAAGAAGCUGAGGAGGGUAUGAUCACCGCCGUUGACUCUCUCCUCUCCAAAACCAACGUACCUAUCUCCAUGAUCGACACUGUUAUCGUCACCUGCGGUAUGUUCACCCCCAGCCCAUCUCUCGCCAGCUUGCUCGUUAACCAUUACAAGCUUGGCGACAGUGUGAAGAGCUAUAACCUCAGUGGGAUGGGGUGUAGUUCCGGCGCCGCUGCCGUUGAUCUCGCCGCACGGUUGCUUCGGAGCGGAGGGAAAACAGCGGGUUACGCGCUCGUUGUCGUCACUGAGAGCAUUAGCUUGAACUGGUACUUCGGUGAUGACCGGUCAAUGCUCGUGACCAACUGCAUCUUCAGGGUUGGUUGCGCGGCGGCGCUGAUGACAAACGACGGCGCGCGGCGGAGAGACGCGAAGUUGGAGCUCCUUCACUCGCUGCGCACGCACCACGGCGCCGACGACUCCGCGUACGCGGCGGCGUACCAAGCCGAGGACACGCAUGGGAACGUCGGCGUGGCGUUGAAGAAGGACUUGAUCCGAGUCGCCGGCGAGGGGCUGCGAUCGCACAUCAAGAAGCUGGCGCCGCGAGUGCUGCCGGUGGUGCAAAUGGUGAACUAUGGUUACCGGGCGGUGAUGGGAGCGUUGAAGAAGGAUGGGAAGCCGCACGUGCCGGACUUCACGACGGCGUUUGAGCACAUGUGUGUGCACACGGGUGGGAAAGCGGUGAUUGAGACGGUGGGCCGGUUGAUGAGGUUGAGUGAUGACUUGACUGAACCAGCUCGGAUGUGUUUGCAUCGGUUUGGGAACACGUCAAGUAGUUUGGUUUUCUAUGAGCUUGCUUACUUUGAGGCUAAGAACCGGGUCAAGAAAGGGGACCGGGUUUGGAUGCUGGCUUUUGGGACAGGGUUUAAGGUCUGUAGUUUGGUCUGGAAAUCGCUUCAAGAUUCGUGCAUGGAUGCUGAUAAUCCUUGGAUGGAUUGCAUCCAUAGAUACCCUGUUAAAGCUUGGUAAAAAGGCUAAGCCAUAUGACAUUAAUACUGUGCUUAUAACGAUGAAGAGAAAACACAAGAGUAAGGCAUUGGUGAUAAUAAUAAUAAAAAAAAAAAAGAUAAAGAGAUGGUGGUAAGUGAUACAUACUGGGGGUAAUUUACAUCUUUGUGAAGGUGAAGGUUAGGGAUGGGCUAAGCCAACUUUGUUAUUCAUGUUAAAAGUUGUUAAUCAUAUAUAUUCCUAUUUGUUUUCAUAAUGUUUUGUAAAUCUGAAAAGCUAUAAUUAUCAAGGAAAGUGGGAGUGAAUGAAGCUCAAGAGUAAAGUCACCACUUUUAUUGGUAAA